AAAGGCCAACACAACUCCUAUCCACGUGUAAUAGCCGGUUUUUCAAAGUUUUCCUCGAACGAGUACAUCUUUUAAUGAUCUGCUUCUUUUCUAUGAUGCGAUAGGGGGAUCUUUGAACAUUUCGCUAAGUAAUGGUUGAUUUUGUACUCCUUCGCACAAAACUUUAAAAGCGAGCGGCUAUCACACGUGAGUAGGAGUUGUGUAGGUUUUUCACCCUAUUGUCAUUACAAUACCAUUGUUAUUAAUGUAACCCCCAUUGUAUCACUGUGGGCCUGUCACUCCCAUUGUUAUCACGGUUGGUCCGUAACUCCCAUUGUUAUCACUAUUGGCCUGUCACCCCCGUUAGUUGUUAUCAUUGCUGGCCUGUCACCCCCAGUCACCCCCAUUGUUAUCGCUGUUGGCCUGUCACCCCAAUAAUUGUUAUCAUUGUUGGCCCGUCACCCUUCGUCACCCCUAGUCACCCGAGUUUGGUCACCCCUAUUGUUAUCACUGAGCUUUUCCAGCCGCCGUCGUACCUUACCGUCAGCGGUAUUUCACCGUGAAGUACCAGACUCCUUAGCGAGCUGACUUGUACAGCUGUCAAAGGCCACUGGAAAUAUUAUCAAAUUUAUGAAAUGUUUGUCUGGAAAUUUUCCGCCUUGCAUUUCAUUGUGGUAUCAUGAAUUUUCGACGUUUUCACGUCUUUAUUAUAUUUUUAUUUUUACCCAAUCGCGACGCGUUCUCGUCAGGGAACAAGAACAUCAAGCUAAAGCAGCCGACCGUAAUAUUGAUCUCUUUUGACGGUUUCCGUUGGGACUACAUGGACAAAGUUGACACUCCGAAUUUCGAUUCCAUCGUGCGAAAUGGAGUGAAAGCAAAACAUAUUAUCAAUACCUUUGUUACAAAGACAUUUCCAAAUCAUUUUACGAUUGUGACUGGACUUUAUGAGGAAAGCCAUGGAAUCGUAGGCAACAUGAUGUAUGAUCCGGUCUUCAACGAAACGUUUUACAUCGGUUCGAAAGACUUCUUGGAUUCAAAAUGGUGGAAUGGCGAGCCCGUUUGGAUAACGAAUCAAAAGGCUUGGAAGACAAGUGCGGUCAUUUUCUGGCCCGGAUCGGAGGUGGAAAUAGAAGGGCAGUAUCCAACUCACUAUUUGAAAUACAAUUACUCAUUUCCUUAUGAGAAAAGGGUCGACUACUUGAUCACUCAACUGGAGCAAGAUGACCCGCCAAGUUUUUUGGCUGCCUAUUUCCAAGAGCCGGAUCACAGUGGUCAUAGAUUUGGCCCAAAUUCACCGGAGGUUAAAGAUAAAAUCCGCAGAGUGGACAACGUAACUGGAUAUCUGCUGGAAAAUUUACGGAAGAGAGGACUGAUAGACCAGGUGAACUUGAUUAUCACUAGUGAUCAUGGAAUGGCAGAAUUAAACAAAUCCCGCAUUAUUCUCUUGGAUAAGUUUGUUCCAUCUGACUGGUACACACUUAUUACAGUGCCUGGAGCAACAUACAGGACAUCUAACACAUACUUCCACAUUUUGCCCAAAGAUGGCAAGUUAAUUGAGACUUACCAACGCCUCAAAGGAAUUCCACAUCUUAAUGUUUACCUGAAAGAGAAAAUUCCUGAAGAAUUCCACUACAAACACAACAGGCGUAUCAUGCCAAUUUUGAUCGUAGCAGAUGACCAGUGGAUUAUUGCUAAAAACUUGUCGCAGUUGAAAAAACUUGGAGACCAUGGUUACAGUAACAAGUAUCCAGAUAUGCACCCUUUUUUCCUUGCUCAGGGUCCAGCAUUCAAGAAAAACGUCAUCUCUGAGCCAUUUGAAAAUGUGAAUAUUUACCCUCUUAUGUGUCACAUACUUGGGAUUAUACCUUCACCGAACAAUGGCUCAUUGCAAGCAGUUCAACAGCUGCUUAAAAUAGCACCAGAGAAAUUGACGCAGGACUUUACAGUACUAGUAGUGAUUUGUGUGAUUUCAUUUCUAGUUUUUCUGUUUAUGAGCUAUGGUAUUGUGUCAUUCUGUGUCAAAAAUCAUUGCAGAAUGAAACAGUAUGGACAUAUUUAUGAUUUAGGAACAUCCGAUUUUGAUUUGUAGGUAUUUACAAAAUUGAUUAUGUACUGCUGG